CGCGGCCUUUUCUCGCUUUCGUCUCUCCUUUAAUUUCCCCCAAUCUAAAAUUAUCGCAGGUCUCUAAAGCUUUCACCUCUGUCUCGUGCGCCUUACAUUCCGCGUAAUUUUUUUCUCUAAACGAUGCCAUGGAACGCAAGACCGAUCGUCUACUUCGCACCUGUUCACGUCUCAACCUAUAUUGCGUCGUCAAAUAAUCGCUCGACUCAUUACAAGUCGUUUCAGUCUGAACGCUCUUUCUAUAAACGGACAAUUUAUCAGAUCCAUCGAGGACGUCCCUCGCGUAUCCCGAGGGAUGUGCAGUUUGAGCUGAAGACUUACUUUCCCAGAAUGCAGCUAACAACCUGUUGCAGAUGUUGUUCCCUGAAAACGGGAACAAUCUUCAGCGGAGUAUGUGGUAUCGUCCUCGCCGUGAUUUCCUUGAUCCUGAUCUUUACGGCGAACGUAGAAUGGAAAACGAUAAUCAUCGACAUUUUAGACAAGACGGCUGUAAAGAUCAUCUUCGCAAUCAACCUCUGCAUGACCAUCCUGAUCUCUACGCUGCUUAUAAUUGGCGCUAUAAGAAAAAAUACAUUUAUGAUGCUUCCAUGGGUAGUUCUGGGCCUUAUGUUGGCUGUCGCCCUUCUUGUGAGCGUCCUUUAUACAUCGAUUAUGUUCUUCAUAAACAGUGAAGUUCUUAACGGUGUUCUUUGGCUGGUCUUCGGGCUAAUUGCUGUUGUUGUGUACACGUACAUGUGGCUGGUGGUGUAUAGUUAUUAUCAACAACUGAGGAUUGAGAAGAUGAGUAAAAGAAUGGGUCCUUAUGGAAAACCGUACAAUUACCGGCGAGCGUGAGGGUAAGAUUGAAUGCGUAGAUACGAUUGCAGGAACUUGUCUGCGAAGCAAUCGUGGGCUGGAGAACGGCGUGACGACCGCAACAAUCGCUACCACUCGUAUAAAACACCCAUAAACUCGUGUCAACCACGACAUUUUCUUACAAUCGGUUGCAAGUUGCAAUAGUUCAUGCUGUUUUCGCCAAUAAUCGUAUCUCCAAAUGAUGUCGGACUAAAACUUAUCUUUUUCACCCUUCAUUAUUUACCCGAGUAACGACGCGGAAGUAUCUUUUUGUACAUUGUAAAUCUAUUAACAUCAUAAUAACAUCAUAAAGGUAUUCCUGUCGUAGUUUAUAUUCUCACCAAAGCACGAUAUAUUUCGAUUUACAUGACCGGAUGUUUCGAUAGAACAUCCCACAUAAUUUGUGUAAAAUAAAAGAUAAGUUAGAACAUUUACAUUAGAUUAUAUUUAUUAUAACUAUUGUUUAUAACUAUUUUAUCUGAUGAAUAGAUUCUCCCGUAAUUUUGAAGAAUUCUGCUUUCGAGCAACUGAAAUGACAAAUAUUCCAAGU